AUGGAGCUCUCCCGCCAGGAAUACCCAGCAUUGCUGGCCACCCUGCAACCUUCCCAAGCUACAAAUGUCCUGAGCGAACGCAUUCGACUGAUCAACAAGAUUCAUGCGGAUAUCGCGGACUUUCUUCAGGAACGUCGCCGCGUGGAAGAAGCAUAUGCUCAAGGCUUACGGAAGCUAGCGACUCGCCCUGUAAUGGAUCAUGGUGCUGCACUCGGCAUUUUCCAAAUUCCUUGGCAACGUAUCAUCAAUGCGACCGAGGCGCUCGCUGUAUCACACGAGACCCUCGCCACGAAGAUUGAAGAAGAUGCCGAGCGCCCCCUAAAAGAAUACAGUACGAAGAACCGCGACAUGCAGCAAAUGUCUGGCGUUCAGAACAGUCUCACGGGGCUGGCUAAGAAUAUCGAGGCAGCACAGGACAAGGUGGAAAAAGCCAAGAAGAAGAGUACCAAGAACCCUAAGCAGCUGGCUAGUGCGGUCGCAUCUGCGGAAGAAGUCCAUCAGCAGUGGGACUCGCGUGCGCCUUUUGUGUUUGAGCAGCUCCAGGCUGUGGAUGAGGGUCGCAUUAACCACCUUCGGGACAUACUUACCCAACUGGAGACUCACGAGCUGGAUCAAGUCGAACGUGGUCGGCAAGCUGCUGAGGCCUGUCUCAAUAUAUUAUUGAAUGUAGAGACUGCGGAUGAGAUCCAAACCUUUGCUGCAAAGACGAGAGGCACUCGAGUUCCAGCAUCUCCCGCGACACCGAGAAGACAACCUUCACAGGUGGAAACCCCUCCUACAGCACCAUCAGCAUUUGAGACUCCGACUACUACACCACUUGCUCCUCCUCCGCCUAUUCAAGAUGAUGCGGCUAGUCAGAGAUCCGAAAGGUCGGCGAGACAAACACCGACCCCAACACAACCUAUACCAGAGGCACAGCCCCGGCACACUCCAUUGGGAGGACUGAGACGACUUGGGACAGUCAUGGGUAGACGGAAGAGCAUGGCCACAGCCCCAGCCGGCUUUGACAGAAAAGCGGAGAAAAAGCGCAGUCCAUUUGCACCUUUUAAGAGAAGCGAGUCUUCGAGAGACAUGCAAAUUCCCGAAUCACCUCCCUCCACUGCAGGCCGUCCAGACACAUCUAUGACGUCUAUGACCGAAGAAUCUGGACGUAAUGUCAGCAUCUCGCAAGAUCAGCAUGUGUCAGAACCUGUUGCGGCUGCUCCUAUUGUCCAGCCUGUAUUGUCAUCUACUGCCAAUGGCACUCCAACAGAAGCCUAUUCUAAUGGAACCGACCAAACCCAUGUUGAUUCUGAAGGAUUCACCGAGCGACCUCCAACAAUUGACGAUAUUACACGCGCUCAAAAUGAAGCAGCGGGCCUGGAGGAUUCUGGAAUGAACUUGACAAUCCGCGAUCAGCCUAUUUUCGAGGACGAAAGCCAGGCCAAACAGGCCAUGGACGAUAUGGCAAACACUUUACGUCUACGGGCCCAACACUCCGGGGUUCGACGGAAUGCAGGCACUAUUCGUGGUCGUCGCGACGUUCGCAACACCGUCUUCAUUGCAAACCCAAGCACCGAUCUGGCACCCACUCAAGCAGCAUCUGACCAGUAUGGUCAAUCUUCCCCAGUCAGACACACCCCGUCUCUUAGCACUGCAACGGACGACCAUGCUAUGUCAGACACCACCUCAGUUCGCUCAGGUCAUACCGCCCACGGCCAGAAUAUCAGUGCCCACCCUGAAUUGUAUGAGCCAGGCUUGAACGCCUCAAUCAUCGAGACAGUCAACGCUUGGUUCUCCGAGAGCAACGUGACUAAGUCUUCUGUUAUGGGAGAACUUGCUCUGUCUCACAAUGUUGCGCCUGGAUUUGCAGCAGAUACGAUGCGCAUCCGUCUUGAGAACUUUCCGGUUCUCGAAAAGGUUGCCGCCAACCCUCACUUUGUUCAGGAAACUAACAAGGGCACCGAUGAAAAGCGUGGUGAAUACGAUCUUCAACUGAAUAGCAUUUCUCGACCAAUGCCAACUGUCGCGUUUAAGUAUCAAGUACAUCUUGAUCCUAGCAACCCCUCUGCCUACUCCCCUGUCAUUUUCAAGCCAGCCUGGAACCUGCAGGAAACUCAAGCCAGUGCCAUUAUCUUCUACUCCCUCAAUCCCGCCUUUGCCUCGGGGUCCGUUGAAUCCAUUGUCUUGAAAAACGUGGUCUUAACUGUCGGUCUUGAUAUCGCAUCCGAGGAUGAAGCUACCAAGCAACCGCGUGAGAGUGUCGCCCAUGCCGCCAGUGCUCUCAUGUAUCCUAACUCCGGCGCUACCUUCCGUCGCAAGAAUUCCACCGUCACCUGGAGAAUUCCCGAGUUGGAAGUCAAAGCACCUGGCGCGGGUGAAGAUGGGAAGUUCCUUGUGCGGUUCUCCACGUCCACUCCUGGCCCCCGUAAGGGUAAUGUCGAGGCAAAAUUCGAGCUCCACACCACCGAGUCUACUUCUCGACUAGGCGUCAGUCGUGCAGUACAAGGAUCUGCUCAGCCAGAAACCGAUCCUUUUGCUGACGCGCGUGGGGCGCAAUCUCCUGUUCCUACUGUUGAUUGGCAAGACGUUCCAACUCAGCGCAAAUUGGUCAGUGGAAAAUAUGUCUCCUCUUAG